AUGGUGAAGACAUAUUUGGACUACAAGGUCGAGUCUCGAAGCGGAUCGAUCUCGACGGCGAACGUUGUGUAUUUUGACUUGAACCAAAUACUUCUAGUGCGGAACAAUCGAGUGGACUUAGUCAACACACGAACAAAUCGAGUAGAGAAGAGUUUUCAAUGUGAUGAAGAGGUAUCCGUCGUCUCGGUUGAUUCCGACCGCCACAACAUUGCAGUUGGGAGUGUCAAAGGGAAGAUCUUUUUGUUUUCGAUUGAAGACAGUGAGUUGUUAGUGACAUUGAGUGGGCACCGUACACCGGUUCAGAUUUUAGAAUUCAGUCCAAAAGGGACCAUAUUAGUCUCUAUAGGGUUAGAGCCCGAAAUAGUAGUUUGGGAUGUGAUUAAAGAAGAAGGUAUCUGUCGUCUUCGUGGGCAUUUAAACGUAAUUCGUGCUGCUGUAGUCUACGAUGAUAUUGUUAUAACUGCUGGAGAUGAUGGUUUAGUGAAGGUAUGGGACUUAGAAGUCCAGCAAUGCAAACAAACCCUAGUUGGUCAUCAAAGUGCGAUAAAAAGUCUCAAAGAAAUUGAACCUGGAAUUUUGAUGACGGGGAGUUUAGAUGGGAAAAUUAGGGUUUUAAAACUGGAAGAAGGGAGUGAAGAAGUGUUAACUCUUCUUGGGGAAGGCAAUUUGAAUGUGACGGGGUAUGUCACAUCCAUUCAAGUCCACAAGACUUUCUGUGGCCUUUCUGUGUAUGGGGGGACAUUAGUAGUAGGGGAGAUCAUUACAACGGAAGACCGGAAGAAGUCCAAAAAGCGCCGUAAAAGAGUCGAGAACAAUGAGUUUGUCUUAAGUGAUUAUUUAGUUGUCCGCCAUGGGAUGAAAGUGAAUGAAACCAUCAAGUCGCUUUCGGUCUUCACUCACAAAGGAAAUGCAGAGGCCAAAGUAAUAGUUGGGGAUGUGAAUGGGUACCUUGAGUAUCAAUACAAGAAAUUUGAGCCCGAAUUGAUUCAAGAGCACAAGCGUCCGGAUAGUAAAAUAGUUUUAGUCUCCGAUGAUGAUGUCACCAUAGCCUCCAUAGGAGAUGGCAAUUGUGAGAUAUGGACGAUCAAUGGGAAGAGUUGUUCUUCUGUGAGAUGUGGACGAGCGAAUGUAGCGACGUUCUUACCUGGGGGGCGUUUUGUAGCUAUUGGAACACUUGGGGGGUCUAUUGAGAUAGUGGACACCUCUGCUGCUGUAGUAAUAGGAAGUAUUAAAGGACAUGACUCGGAAGUGACUGCUUUGAAGAUGUGGAAGGUGAAUGACUUUCUUGGAAUUGUGACAGCGGGGAAAGAUAAGAAAGUUCGAGUAUGGGAGUUAAAUGUAUCUACUGACGAGGAUGGUGGGAAGUGUGUCGAAAUUACAUUAAAGAAUGAAUAUGAUAUGGAUGACUCGGUCAUUUCUUUAGAAUUGUCGAAGAAAGUGUUAAUAGUUGGUACUAAUGAUAACAACGUGAAGGUUUACAAACUUCCAGAGAUGCAAUUUUAUUUAAGUUUGUAUGGACACAAUUUGCCAGUGACGAGCAUUUCUAUAAGCGAUGAUGAUGAACUUGUGAUUACUGGAUCUGCUGAUAAAACGGUUAAAAUUUGGGGACUUCAAUUUGGGGAGUGUAAACGGACUAUGAAAGUUCAUGAUGAUAUUGUGACUGGAGUUGUAUGUAUCCCACGCACUCAUUACUUCAUGAGUGUGUCUCGCGAUAAGAAGAUGCGUUACUUUGAUGCAGAUAAGAUGAUUCUCAUUAAGACGUAUGAUACCCAUGAAGGGGGUAUCAUGGAUAUUGUAUGUAGUAAAUAUGGUGAUUAUGUAGUGACGACGUCAUUGGAUCAUUCGUUUAUUGUAUGGAUGCGAGGAAAGGAACAAGUCUUUGUCGAAGAAGAGGAGCGCAAGUUGUUAACGACUCGUUUUGAUGAAGAGGAAUUGAAAGAGAUCGACUUCGUCGAUAGAAAUGCACCAGAGCGGUUGGAGACGACAGACGCGACGAAAAAGACGGUGGAGAUGAUACGAAGUGCGGAGGAUUUAAUGAGUGUGAUAGAUACAGUGACACAAGAAAUGAAUAAUAUUGAAGGGUAUACCGAAGAAUAUAAGAAAUGGGAAGUAACGAAAGAAGGUGAGCCACCAGUCAAACCAGAGCCUUCAAUAGCUUUGAUGGGGACUAACCCUAAUGAUUACUUAAUGAAUCUCGUCAUGAAAAUUCAAGCAGCUAACUUGCAUCAAAUCCUUUUAAUGUUACCAACUUCCCAUGCAGUUCUAUUACUCGGAUGGGUUAACACCUGGUUGGCUGAAAACAAGAGAGUUUUAACUUGUGUCAAUAUCGCUAGUUUCUUGUGCAAAGUCCACUACUCCUAUUUGGUCGGUUCAAAGGAUCAGAAAAUUACUCAAAUACUUGAAAGUCUCUCAAAAAGAUCGCAGGAAAAAAUAGAAACUUUAAGAAUCACGACUGCAACAAACCUGGAACUCUUGACCGUCGUCGAUUUGAAACUUAACACGAUGUGA